GGACAAAUCUCACCACAAGGCUUUUCAGCAGCAAGUGAAGGAGACAGGAGCACGAAGCGCUCUCCUAAAGCCAUAACCCACCGGGAUUCAGCCAUCCAGCAGCACCAGCACCACUUCGCCGCGCACCCGUUUUCUGCGUGUUGCGCCUUUAUUAAAGGGCAUCGAUCAUUGCGCACGGUUUUAAUAUUUUAUUUCUAAUUUCUUUAAUUAUUUUUUUUAAUUAUUAUUAUUUUUACUUUUGAUUCACAUGUCCACAUCUGAGGAAAUCCAGUGCGCAAGAAGGAGCCGGAGAGAGUGAAAGGAAAGAGGAGAAGAGAGAAAUAAGGAGGCGGAGGAGAAGAAAGGCUCCAUCCCAGCGCGCUUCUUCGUUCUGAGAAUGUAACUUUGCGAGGCUGAGAAGCGAAGCGCGUUUUGUUUUGCGCACACAUCCGUCGGCUUUGAUCUGAUAUUCAUUGUUUCUUUCUUGUUGCUGCUGCAUCCUUCAUCUCUUCUUGGAAGAAAAGCGCGCCUGGGAAAGAACGCACAAUCUUUUUUUUUUUUUUUCCUCCAGUGAAACUGAACGCAAUUUUCAGUUUAGAUUAGACGGAUUAAAACUGGACUUUGGGUCACGAUCCAUGCUGCUGCUGCUGCUAGUGGAGUUUUCUUUCCACGACUGACCACACACUUUUGAGGAAAGACCAUCAAGCCGACUCGACCUAGACUAGUGCUGUGGGUAAAGUGCGCACAAUAUUUAGCCGAGUGGGAUUUUAAUCUGCUUCAUCUCAAAGCGGAUAAUCCAGACUCGUAUAUUAAUAAACCUUGUGUGUGUGAGUGUGUGUAUGUGUGCGAGUGAGUGGUUUUGCGUUCUUCUCCAUGCGGACACAUUGCGCCUUAACGCACUGACGGAUUCCCCUGUAGCCUCGCUGAGCUUCAGGCUUUGUUCCUAAACGCUUCCUCUUUACUGUGUUCUGUGGGAGAAUCUGCUUUUCUCCAUGAUGAGGGAUCUCAGAGUGGGCUGUGGGCUUGAAAUGGCGAGUCCGAGUUGUGCGCAAACGCUGGGAUUUCUCCUCAUCUUACUGGUGGAUUUACUCGGAAUCACAGCCACGAACAUGGAUCCAAUCUACUGGAACUCCAUGAACAAAAGGUUUAGUGAUGAUAGGGGUUAUAUCCUGUACCCUCAGAUAGGGGACCGUCUGGACCUCAUCUGUCCUGCAUCAGACCCCCCAGGACCCCGUGCUCCAGCCGAGUACGAGUACUAUAAAUUGUACCUGGUGUCCUCCCGUGAGCAGGCGGACAGAUGUGAGGUGACGGGAGCGCCGAACCUGCUGCUCACCUGUGACAAGCCCAACAGUGACAUGCGCUUCACCAUCAAGUUCCAGGAGUACUCGCCCAACCUCUGGGGACAUGAGUUCAAAACCAUGCAUGAUUACUACAUCAUAGCCACGUCAGACGGCACGCGUCAGGGGCUGGAGAGCAUGAGAGGAGGAGUGUGUGCCACACAAGGCAUGAAGGUGGUGCUCAAAGUUGGACAAAGUCCCUAUGGAUUGCCCCCAAAAUCUCCCAAACCGGACCAGGCAGGACAUACAAACACCAAAAACCAAGGUGGCAGUGGGAACACAACUCUUCCUAGAGUGCCAGGUGGGGGCGGAGCCACAGCAGGCGGUGCAAACGGCCCUCUCCCUGCCUCCAACAUCGCUGUCAUCGCAGGAGCAGCUGGAGGCUCCGCCUUCCUCCUUCUGGUCACUGCAGUGAUUUGUGUGGUGUGCUACCGCCGGCGGCACUCGAAGCAUUCAGAGUCGCACCAUCCGCCGCUUUCUCUCUCGUCGCUGACCUCACCUAAGCGUGGGGGCGGAGGAGGGGGUGGGAACAACAACGGGUCCGAGCCAAGUGACAUCAUCAUCCCACUGCGCACUUCAGACUCGGCCUACUGCCCGCACUACGAGAAGGUUAGUGGGGACUACGGGCACCCAGUCUACAUUGUGCAAGAGAUGCCACCUCAGAGCCCCGCCAACAUCUACUACAAAGUAUGAGGAUGGGCGCACAGCGUUAAUGGCAGCCUGCAGUGCCCAGAUCACGCCCCCUCACCUACUACCUAAACCAUAGCAGUAUGAACCGACUCCUCCUUUAUCUUUGCAGUCUCAGCUCUGACUGUGAAAACCCCAAACCCUGUGACUGAAAAAAAAAAUAUAUAUAUAUAUAUACACACACACACACACACACACACACACAUACACAUAUACACACACACACAGGCACACACACACGUAUCCACAUAUACACAUGCCUCCUAAACCUCUGACUCUUGUAAUCAGGAGGAGUGUGUUUUAAGUAUUGAGAGAAAAAUCCCUGUUUGAGGGUUAUUUUUUUCUUCUUCUAAGAGCACACAAAGCUCUUAUAACAUUAAACCAGACCCCUUGGAGCAAGAGCGAGAAGCAAUAGCUUGAUGUCUCUUGACAGCAUAAUAUGAACCAAGAGCAAAAAUGAAAUAAAACAAACUAAAAGAAAAAAAUGAGAGAGAGAGCGAGAGCGAGAGAGAGCGUGCGAGACUGAAAGUAAACUGACCCUAGACCAGUGUGAUGUUACCUGAACUUGAACAAUACAAUAACUCACAAAUAGAAGUUUAGUUUGUCCCAUUUGUGUUUGUUAUUCCUUGGAUAAGAGGAGGCGCACCUGGCUCAGCCAAUUACAAUGCAGUGCUGCCAUCACAUGACCCGAGGCCCUGCAUUUGAUUCGAGGAGCCAUAGUCGCAUUGAAGAUCUUGUAUAUUUUAAUAACAGGUGUGUAUUUUGUGAGUGCGUAGGGUAAUAAUUAUGACACUGCUGUUGCACAGGGUGCGACAGUGAGUGCGCAUAUCGUGUGCUUCAGUUUCAGUGUGUGUGUGUGUGUGUGUGUGUGUGUGUUUAUCUGUGAGAGAGGAUUGUACCGGAGUGAAUGUGAGUUAGACUGUUUAAAAACCAAAACAAAAAAAACGAGCGAAUAUCAAAAAAUGUUUUUUUUUUAUCGCUUUCAUUCAAUAUAGAAUAUAAUUAUAUAUGAAUAUUCAGUCAAAUAAUUUCUAGAUGUCCUUUUCUUUUUUUUUUCUUCAAAAUGUAAAACACCAUAUCUGUUGUUAGAGCAAUUUUUUCUUCUGCGUUUCUUUUCUGCGCUUUAGAAAAGAGCUGACCCUGUUUCUUCUUUGCAUUGUAAGUUAAUUUAAUACUUUGUAUUUCAUUUCACAAAGGUUUUUCUGUUUUAUUUUUUUCCCCUAGUCACCCCUCAUUUCCCAGGAGUCUCCACUCUCCAUGUAUAUUUUUAUAGCUCCUUGUACAAUGAUGUAGUUUUGAAGCUAGACCUCGUUUUUGUGAAAGUGUUGAGGUAGAGGCACAAUCUGAGAAGUUUUUUUUUUUUUUUUAAAUGUGCAAAGACACUUUCUUUUUUACAAAAAAAAAGAAAAGGAAAAAAGAAAGCGGGAGGGAGGAAAGAAAAGAAAAGAAUGCCAGAGCUGCCUAUGAAGGAAAGAGAAAAGAUGAGCAGACAGAAGUGCAGGGUAAAGACAAAAAGUGAUGGGUGGGGUGGGUAUUGGGUUGGGGUCCUCGAAGGAUGUCGUCAGGAUGGGGGAGGAUGAAGGGACGGAGGAACACAGAAGGAGAGCGGGAGCUAUGGAGGUGUGUUUUUUAACAGACUCUUGAAAGAGGUUGUGCGAAGCAGGGGUUUCGGGAAACGCAGGAUUCUCAACGACACCGAUGGAAAAGAAAGAGGAUUCGCUCACCCUGUCUCAGUCGGAGAGAUGGAAAUAGGCUUUCAUACACCUACUCGUACUUUUCUGAGGUGGAAAUAUUUGAAGCUCAGUUCAAAUUCUUUCACUCUCUCACAACACGUCUUAGUAUGAUACAACACACACAUACACGCACACAUUCCACAGCCUCAGAAAAUGAGAAUGCACUUGAAAAGACACAAGUCUUUCAAGACACACAUACACACACACGCACGGAGUACAGAAUAAAAAUCCAUUCUGGAUGUCCACAUAGACACUGAUUACCUGAAAUGAAUUUUGAUUGGACUCUCGCACACAAACACACACACAUUCAGAUUAUACCCAUGCAUUCCAGGACUAAAGAACACACACACACACACACACGCACACGUGCGCACAGGCAGUGUGUGUGUGUGUCUGAUUGUGCCAAUGAGAGUCUCGUAUUUUCAGAAUGUGUUCUGUUACAUUGCUGUGUGUGCUGACGCUAGAAGAUGGUUGUUAAGGUAAUGUACGCUACUGCUCGUGUUACAGUUAAUCAGUAUAUCAGGUUUCCUUACAUUAUGUUCAAAGCUGCAUUGAGACAGAGGACCCCACACACACACACACACACACACACACACACACACACACACACACACACAGCCAAAUCUAUGAACCUUCAAACCUUGCACCACCGUGUGUUUAGUGCUCAAGACGAGACUCGUUUUGAACCCGAAUGUGAAAAUGACAGUUUUGAUACAAGUGUGUGUGUGUGUGUGUGUGUGUGUUGAUCUAGUGUAACAGUGCAGCAAAUGAACAACAUUGUUUUUGUGUCAUGUCAAUAUUCUCUGUUAAAUCUUCACAAUCAAAGUUGUCAGUGUUUUGUUGUUAAGUGACAAAUAAGUAUGGUGCAUUUAUUUGUUGGUCAGCUUUCAACAUUUCUGUUCAUUAAAUCCUGAUUUUUGUAAGCCAUGUUUCUGUCCUGUGGAUGUGGACACACACACACACACACACACACACACACACACACACACACACACACACACACACACACACACACACACACACACAAACCACAGCAUCUGAGGACUAUUCAAUGGCAAAAAGCAGGUGUCUUAUCGAAGAAUCUUAUCAACCAAUGCGGCCUCCUCGAUGCAGAAGACACCUCCGGAAAUACGAACAUGUCUGGACUUUGUUUUUCCAUGUUGUUACAUCUCUGUGUUUUUCUUUUCAGCCUUUCUUCAUAUGCUUGCUUUCAGCCAUGGAUGCUGAGACCCGUGUUUUGCAGGCAGACAAAAAAAAAAGAGAAAAGGAAUCAAGAGGAGUGUGUGAUUUUUGUAGAGAACGCUUCAGUGUGUGCGCGUAUUCAUGUUUCUCUGUGCCAAUAGCCAGCAAGUGACGGCCAUGUUAAGGACCUCUGCUCCUCUCCAGUUGCCAUGUUGAGACGUUUGUGGGACACUGCAUUUACAUGUGAGAUGUUUUCUUUUUUGUGUUCAUCCUUCCAUCCUUCUCUCCCACCCUCACCAGUCCCUCUGUUUCUUUCCUUGCUUUCCCUCCACCCCAUACACACCUCUUAGAAAGAGAGGUUUAAAAAAAAAAACUAGUACAUUCCUUUGAAGAAAUGUUGAUUAAAAAAUUGCAAAAUUUGUUUAAGCACCAA